CCUUUGGUAUGGGGCAUUGAUAAACCUGAUGUGAGGCUAAUAAUACAUUAUUCAGCUCCACAAGAUAUUGAAUGUUAUUAUCAAGAAAUAGGACGAGCUGGAAGAGAUGGUUCUCCCAGCAAGUGCUACAUGUUUUAUUCAGACAGUGACUUCAAUUUGAACCGGUUCUUCCUAAAGGACAUCAGUGAUUCAUUGUUCCUGGAACACAAACAGAAAAUGUUGAGGAAACUGAUGACACUCCUGAGCUCAUCAGAAUGCCGGAGAAAAUUGCUGUUGGAACACUUCAGUAAGAAUCUUUCCACUGACAUUGGAGGUCAUAAAGACUGCUGUGAUAACUGUAGGAGAUUUUUACGAGGUGACAUUCAAGUUAAAACAAAUUAUUCAAAAGAUGCCAAACUGUUGAUGGACGUGAUUAAAGCUUUGAGAAAUGAUUAUGGCAUUACAAUGACAGUAUCAAUUUUAAGAGGAUCAAAAGCACAAAAGAUUCCAAAGUACAUAUUGAAGCAUCCAGUGCAUGGGAAAGGAUUACAUCAUUCUGAGAAAUGGUGGAAGUCAUUUGCUGGUGUUCUUAUUUCUGGUCAUUACUUAAGAGAAGAAUCCGUUCCUAAUGGUUUUGGUAGUACAGUAUCUUUAUCAAUUAAAGGGAGCAGGUGGUAUGAUAGGUUUGAAUCAGAUCCAGACGGUACAACAAUUGAUGUAAUACCAACCAAUGACAUGAUAGCGUACGAUAAACAACAACAACAACAAAAGUAA